AUGAACUUCUUCCUUCUCUUGUUCUUGGUGUUCUUUGCACCACUGCUGUUAUUUGUUGCAUGGCUAGUAGCCUCAACCUGCUUAGGCAGUCGCUUUCGCUCUCGCCUAGGAUUUUCAGGCCGAUCGGGCCUGGACUCAUAUGGCCAGAGCUACCUCCGCACUAUGGCCAACUCGGGACCUGCCAUGUCUGAACAAAUCGAGAUGGAUGAUAUGCUAGCGGAACCAGGAACUUAUCGUCACUUUGAAGAAGAUGACUGA